AAAGUGCAACGGAUCAGCAGUCCCGAACGUUGGGAACUCAAACAGAUGAUGUCCGCCGGUGUGGUGGAAAAAACUGAUUUGCCCGAUUUCGAUGAGGAAACUGGAUUGUUGCCACGCGAGGAUGAGGAGUCUGAUGAAGAUAUUGAAAUAGAAUUGGGACACGGAAGACACGCGAUGGAUUUGUCCCCGGUACGAAUUGUCAAAAAUCCGGACGGUUCACUCCAACAGGCAGCCAUGAUGCGUCAGGCGUUGCAAAAAGAACGCAGAGAAAUGAAACAACAGGAACGUCAAAGUCAAAUGAUGGCCGAACGGGAAGCAGCACCCGAACGGAUGGGAAAGGACUGGCAUGAUCCGAUGAAUGAGUCCAUGGAUGCGAAAGCCAUAUUCAGUGGAUCGCGUGCCUCGGAACAGUUCAAAGAUGUACCGGAAUGGAAACGUGCCGUACAGGGAGGCACACGAACCGGAGCGGUGGGCAAGAAGAUUGUUCGUUCGCUUUUGGAACAGCGUCAAAGUUUGCCGAUUUUUAAACUGAAAGAUGAAUUGCUCAGUGCGGUCCACGAUAACAAAGUGUUGAUUGUCAUUGGGGAAACCGGUAGUGGAAAGACUACCCAGAUUACUCAGUACUUGGCUGAGGCUGGCUACGUGAAUACCGGACGUAUUGGAUGCACUCAGCCCCGUCGUGUAGCCGCCAUGUCCGUAGCCAAACGGGAGGUUGGCUACACAAUCCGGUUCGAGGAUUGCACUGCCCCAGAAACCAAGAUCAAAUACAUGACCGACGGUAUGUUGUUACGUGAGUGCCUGAUUGAUCCGGACUUGCGUCAGUACACGAUUAUCAUGUUGGACGAGGCACACGAACGUACCAUUCACACCGAUGUCCUAUUUGGUCUAUUGAAGAAGGCGAUCCAAAAACGAGACGAUAUGAAACUGAUCGUCACAUCGGCCACUUUGGAUUCGGUCAAAUUUUCACAGUACUUCUUUGAAGCGCCUAUCUUCACCAUUCCGGGACGAACGUAUCCGGUGGAAAUUCUAUACAGCUUGGAACCCGAAAAUGACUAUCUGGAUGCCGCGUUGAAUACCGUCAUGCAAAUUCAUUUGACCGAACCUCCAGGCGAUAUAUUGGUCUUUCUGACCGGUCAGGAGGAAAUCGAUUCCGGUUGUGAGUUGCUCUACGAGCGUAUGAAAGCUCUUGGUCCGGACGUUCCCGAAUUGAUCAUUCUGCCCGUGUACGCUGCUCUUCCGUCUGAGAUGCAAUCACGCAUCUUCGAUCCCGCUCCGCCCGGUUCCCGUAAAGUAGUGAUUGCCACCAAUAUUGCCGAAACCUCAUUGACCAUUGAUGGAAUCUACUAUGUGAUUGAUCCGGGUUUUGUCAAACAGAAGGUGUACAGCAGCAAAUCCGGUAUGGAUCAACUGAUUGUCACGCCAAUCUCACAGGCUCAGGCCAAACAACGCGCCGGACGGGCUGGCCGUACAGGUCCGGGCAAAUGUUUUCGUUUAUAUACAGAACGAGCUUACCGGGACGAGAUGCUGGCUACCAAUGUGCCCGAGAUUCAACGUACCAAUCUGGCCAGUACCGUGCUCCAGUUGAAAGCGAUGGGUAUCAAUGAUCUUCUGUCGUUCGAUUUCAUGGACCCACCCCCGUUACAGGAAAAGACCGAAUUGGCCGAUCAGCGCAAGGCCAAAUUUCAUCAACCCGAAGGUGAUCAUCUGACUCUGUUGGCCGUGUACAAUGCAUGGAAAAAUAACAAAUUCUCCGCACCCUGGUGUUAUGACAAUUUUGUGCAAGCAAGAACACUAAAACGAGCCCAAGAUGUGCGUAAACAGCUGCUAGGAAUUAUGGACCGGCACAAAUUGGAUGUGGUCUCGUGCGGGAAAAAGACCGCAUUGGUUCAGAAAGCUAUUCUCUCCGGUUUCUUCCGAAACGCUGCCAAGAAAGAUCCACAGGAGGGCUAUCGAACUUUGGUCGAUCAACAAGUUGUCUACAUUCAUCCCUCUUCCGCGCUGUUCAAUCGACAACCGGAUUGGGUUGUCUAUCAUGAAUUGGUCAUGACCACGAAGGAGUACAUGCGUGAGGUGACUACAAUCGAUCCACGUUGGUUGGUCGAAUUCGCGCCGAAUUUCUUCAAAUUCGGCGAUCCGACGAAAUUGUCCCGAGCGAAGAAAUCCAUGCGUAUCGAACCGUUGUAUAGCAAAUUCGAAGAGAAAGACUCCUGGCGUAUCUCACGUGUGCCCCGCAAGUUUCACGUCAAAGUCACAUUCUAA